AUGCAACGGGAGCUCCAAGCCCAAGGUAGGCAUGUCGCCAGCCUCAGGGAGGAGUUGGAGAGUUCGGAGAAGGAGCACAGCGACCUGGUGCGCCAGCUACACGCGCAGCUCAAGGCCCCUCUUUCUGACGGUGAAGCACCACAGCCGAAGACCAGCAUAAACGACAUUCUCGAUCCCAACAAGCUGGGAGCGCUUCUUGACCGGUCAGCUGCUGGCACCCUCAAGAUGGACGAAUGCGUGUACGAACUCAUGCCUGAGGACAAGCAGGAGCUGGAGGCGCGUGCUACCCAACUACCUGAAGGCAUCUCAGGCCUCGCAGGCAACCUCUUCCGCGACGCGAAGGAGAAGGUGGGCGCACUCCGGCAGGAGCACGAGGCCCACCUCAAGAGGCUCGCGGCGAAGCGCCUGCGCUCCGACAGUGGCGAGAAGGCUGCCAACGGCCCAGGCUCGGCAGGUGCCUGUGCUGCGGCGGCCCCAGAUGAUUCCCCCCCUCCCGCCGAAGCAAAACCAGCUGCUGAUUCCCGCGCUGAAGGUCAGGCUGCCGCCUCUGCUUCGUCCUCUGAGCCCCGGCCUGGCACGCGCGAUCGCGCAGCCGAGAUCGCCGCGGCUUCGGCUUCAGCUUGGGCCGCCCCUGGAAGCCCCUGA